GCCGACCGAUGAUCCACCUGAAUUUUUAUUCUUUUAAAGCUCUCCCAAUCCUCUUCUUCAUUUCAAUCAAAACCACCAUCACCAUAAAAGAUGGCUGACAAUGAUCUUUCGGAUGAUCAAAUCCAGCAAUUGUUGCGGGAUGCUGAGGAGCGGAUGAGAAAUGCAAAGCAAGUCAUCAUAAGUGAUGAUAGCUCUUCCAAGUUUUCUCUUCCAAAGUAAGAUUUUAACCACGUCACAAUUCUGGAGCUUGGCUAACACUUCAUCUUCUUUAUAGCCUUGGUAAAUCCGCGACAUCUGCAAUUGCUCCAUAUAUCAAGUCGACAGGACAGACUACACACGUUGACUCGUCUCAGCUCGUACCUGCUAAAGACAGAAAACUGGCAAAUAGCGUGCGAACGGUCGAAGACCCCAUCGUGACGAAGGCUAAAGCGCUUAAGGUAAGAAAUUUCUUUACUUCAUCUAGCGCUGUGUCCUUCUGUGAGGAAAAUUUACCCAUAUAACGGACGCAGGAUCUGGCCCCGUCUUGGGCGCCACCCUGUAAAAGCUGAAGAUUUUACAUUCAUAGUUACUCUGAGAAGAAGCCACUACACAAGUCUUGUUGCGAAUUUUGGGUAUCGAACAUUAAGCUAAUAUUAUCAUCAGGCAAAAAAAUCUACUGCUGGAGCAAAAUGGUUCAACAUGCCCAAGACUGUGGUCACUCCUGAGCUCAAGCGCGACCUUCAACUUCUUCGUCUCCGAAGUGUAUUAGACCCCAAGCGUUUCUACAAAAAGGACACCACAAGAGCAGAAGUUCCAGAGUACUCUCAAGUGGGUACAGUGAUUGAAGGUCCUACCGAAUACUUUUCUUCUCGACUCACCAACAAAGAACGCAAACAAACUUUUGUGGAACAAGUUCUUGCUACCGAACAAGCAAACCACAAGUUCCGUAACAAGUACAAUGAUAUCCAAGCUGCGAAGGCUAGCGGGAAGAAAGAGCAUUAUAAGAAGAUGAAGGCUUUGAGAAAGAGAAGAUAAACGCCAUGAGUGCUCGGAAGAUGCCAUAAAGAAUCACCUUCCAGAUUUGACUACCGAUUGCAAAAGGCAUGCCUCUAACAUUAACCCAAUGUCGUGCAGACCUCGGUCCACACUAGCCUACAUCACAAACUGACCAACCCACCCGAUGGAUAAGAGGUUUGGUCAUGCUAGGUACAGGGUUUUCCCACUUGCAAGCUUUUUUGCUAUCAUCAUAUCGGUAAGUUUUAGAUCCUUGUGGCAUUUCUUACUCCCCCUUGUGUUGUGAUGAAAAAAACAGUCAACAGUUAUCCCUGUCUUAAAGAAUACAUGUGGAUUUUAUAAUUAGACUCUGAACACAUUACCAUACCUCUUGUUUGUUUGAUUGGUUUCAUGAAUUGUAACUAACAAUUUCAAUAGAUUUUCAAUAGAUUUUCUCAGUAGGUACCUUGCCACAUGAAGUCGUCACCAUGACACUUUGACAUAGUGCUGCAUAGUCUUGAGCGUCAUGCAAUAUAUUCAUGCCUGUGUUCAGUAUCACUGGUCCUCAGAUGAGGAGUGUACUGCCUUUCCCUCAGCACACACCGGGAAGAGACGUCGAGAAUUUUGACAGAACCUAAAAGCUAAGUCCGCUCUCAUUUUACUCUUGGGUAGACUUAGUCACCUAUUUGGUCAAACUGGAGACGGUCUCGAAAAAAAAAAGAUGUAGCAACAGAAUACGAUGUUUUGCAUUCUUGCAAAUAGACUUGAGCAUAUAUCAAAGAAAUAAAUACAUCAAUCCCAAUUGC